GACGUGAGCAAGUUCACAGAAGAUUCGCGUUAAAUAAAAGUUUAAAAAUAUCCCUACAACACAAAGCGUAAAUAGAUUUGCAAUAAAAUUUUCUUUUAUUUAUAUGUUUUAAAUAUCAUAAGAAAAUGUUUAGUGACAGUUUUUUGAUUUUAUUCAUAUCAAUAUUCACAGCUUUAUUAGGAGAAGGACUGACGUGGUUGAUGGUAUACCGUACUGAGAAAUAUCAGAAGUUAAAGGCAGAAGUUGAAAGGCAAAGUAAACGAUUGGAAAAGAAAAAGGAAGUUCAUGGGGACACUGUAGAUCGACAGCAAAAGAAAAAAAUUGAAAGAGAAGAAGAAAAGUUGAAAAAUAACAACAGGGACUUGUCUUUGGUAAAAAUGAAAUCCAUGUUUGCUAUUGGCUUUGCCUUCACGGCUCUUCUUAGUAUGUUCAAUUCAAUAUUUGAUGGUCGUGUUGUUGCCAAACUUCCUUUUAUUCCCAUUGGUUGGAUUCAAGGACUUUCUCAUAGAAAUCUAAUUGGAGACGAUUAUAGUGACUGCUCUUUUAUUUUCCUAUACAUAUUGUGUACAAUGUCAAUUAGACAGAAUAUUCAAAAGUUACUAGGAUUUGCACCUUCAAGAACAGCAAAUAAACAAAGUGGCAAUAUAUUUUCACCCACUGUUCAACCUAUAAAAUAAAAUUUUAAUAAAUGUUUCUUUUACUGACUA